GCCCUCAAUUAAUAUCAAUCAUUGUUUAUCGUCAAUGCAGAAAUAAGAUAUUUUUCAAAUUAGCGCGGUCAUCGUGGCGAUUCUUUUGCGGGAACGAUGGAUCACUAUGGGAAGACUGCGAGGAAGCAGAAUCCCAGGGAGAAAGCAAACAUAUUUUCGUUGUUGACGUUUUCGUAUACUGGAGGUUUGUUCAAGAAAGGAGUGAAGAGGGACUUGAUCGAGGAUGACAUAUACGACGUUGUAGGAGUAUGUGGGGCAAAGAGAAAUGGAGACAGUUUCGAAAAAAAAUGGAGUCUUGAGCAACAAAGGAAAAAUCCGUCCAUUAUUCAUUUACUGUGGGUGUGCUUUGGAAUUCGGUACACGUUUUUAGGACUAAUACACUUAUUUGCCAAGCUUAUUAACAGCAUCUACGAACCUGAAUCAAUCGGAAAACUAGUCUCUUACUUCAACCCCAACCAGACCAAGCUCACAUUCAACGAUGCCGUUUACUAUGCCUGCGUAAUGAUCGGAUUGAAACUCUUCCACACCUUCUACUUCCAGAACUACGUCAUAUAUCUGCAGCAACUAGCGAUCCAGAUCAGGACGUCGUUUUGUUCUCUGAUAUAUCGGAAAGCUUUGAAACUGACACCUACCGCAAUGAACGAAAUUAGUUUGGGCAACAUUAUCACCGUUAUCACGAAAGACGUGUUGGUAUUUGAACAGUCUAUUUUCCUGUUCAACGACAUGUGGAUCGAAAUUAUUCGAAUCGGGGUGAUUUGUUACCUUAUCUACAAUAAAAUGGGUCCUGCUGGAUUUGUCGGAAUCGCGGUACUCCUCACUGUGGUACCGGCACAAGUGUACGUCGGAAAAAUGAUAAAAAACCUCCGGUUGGAUCUCAGCAAGAAAACUGACGAACGUCUUCAAGCCACGCAGGAAACAUUGUCGGCAAUAAAAAUGAUCAAAAUGUACACUUGGGAAAAGGUGUUUUGCAAAAAGGUAGAAGAAAAAAGAACGAAGGAAAUGAAAUUUUUGAUGAAAUCCUUCUACCUGAGGUCCCUUAAUUUCAUUAUAGGCAUAUUCACUUCCAAGGUUGGGUUUUACGCUCUGAUCAUGACUUACAUUUACAUCAACGUAAAUGCCGACGCCGAAGUCAUUUUCUACGUAAUGAAAAAUUUUAAAGAUUUGCGCCAUUCCAUCGCGAUUUUGAUCCCGAUCGGUUUGGGGAGGGGAGCGGAACUUGUCGCUUCGUCCACACGUAUCAACAAAGUAUUGAAAUGUCCAGAGGUCGAAGAAGAAAACCGUCGCGACUACGAGAAACCAAAAUUAAAACUACAGGACGUGUCUUUGAAGAUCAAGAAUAAGGAAAUUUUGAAGAAUGUUUCGAUCGAGCUUGGAUCCGGACUUACGGUAGUGACCGGACCUUUGGGGUGCGGAAAAAGCGCUUUGCUCAAGGUGUUCCUCAAAGAUUACCAGAUAACCGACGGGAAAAUAUUUUCGGAAGGUGUCUUCUCGUAUUGCUCGCAAGAUCCGUGGCUGUUUCCGUCAUCUAUAAAACAGAACAUUCUGUUUGGCGAGCCGUACUAUCAAGAUAGAUAUGACGCUGUCAUUAAAGUUUGCGCUCUUCAAUACGACUUUGAUUUGCUGGAGAGAGGGGACGAAACUAUUGUAGCAGAUAGAGGCAUAAAUCUCAGCGGUGGACAACAGGCCAGGAUUAACCUAGCAAGAGCGAUAUACCGAAAAAGCGACAUCUACCUUUUGGACGAUCCUUUACACGCCUUGGAUCCGGCCGUCCAGGAAUAUAUCUUCCAGAAAUGCAUCCGAGGAUUCUUGAAGGGCGAACGGUGCGUAAUGGUGACCCACAAUUUAAAACACAAGAACAACGCCGACAACUUGGUGGUAAUGCACGAGGGCGAGAUCGUGUUCGACGGUAAACCGCAAGACGUGAAAAAUGAAAUUCUGGAAGAGAUCGCAAUCGCUGACCAAAAGGCGGCCAAAAAAGUGGAAACCGAUGACGGGGAUGAAAACGCCGACGAAACCACUAGACUGAUAAAUCGGAAAAUCGCCAAACGAAAAGUAUAUAGCGAGGUGAAAAAAGAGGGCAAAGUGGACUUUGCAGUUUACCGCAAAUAUUUUUCUUUCGGCGGCGGUUUCUUUUUGUUCGCAGCGAUCGCCAGCCUAUUCAUUUCGGAUGAGUUCACCGAUAGUUAUUCGUCGAGGCUAUUGACGGAUUGGAUAAACUUACAACAGAAAGCGACGAAUCUCUUGCUGGAAGAUAUGCUUCUAAAUGCGAGCUUUGGAAUUGGAACAGCGUACCCCAACAACAAUGACACAGUAAUCUCGGCAAUCGAACGGCAAAGAAGAGACAUCGCAGCUGUUUCAAACGACUCUAGCAUGUUUUCGCAUGAAGCAAUUCUAAAUGUUACUACACCGGUAAACUAUUCCGAAACCAUCCUUUUUGAAAUGACGGAAGUGCCAUUAUUUGUAAAUAACACUGGUACCGCCGAUACCGUAUCAAAUUUACAAGACCGCGCCAAGUGGACCCUAAAAUUGUACUCGGCGAUGAUAGUGCUUUCGUUGGUCAUAGAUCUCGUCAAACAAUUCUUGUUUCUUCACUUCGCCAGAAAGGCAUCGGUAAAUCUCCACAACACGAUGAUAGAAAGAUUGACGACCGCCACGAUGUCGUUUUUCGAUACUUACUUUAUCGGCAAUAUUUUGAACAGAUUUUCGCAAGACUUGAACGUCGUGGACGAACAUCUGCCGCACACCAUCAACAUGUUCGUGAUGGUUGUAUUGUCUUCAACAGGUAUUUUGGUAUUGGUUGCGUCGGUAAAUUUACAGUUUCUAAUACCGGCGUCGAUCCUGGUCGUUACCUUGUUCUGUAUAAGGACGGUUUACAUGCCAACGGCCAGAAGCUUAAAGCGAUUGGAGGCUGCAACACGCAGUCCUUUGAUCGGCCACCUUAAUGCCUCUAUGGAAGGCGUAACCACGAUAAGAGCGUCGAAAGCUCAGGAAAUUUUGAUCAAGGAAUUUGACCGACACCAAGAUCUCUACACGUCGGCGCACUAUAUGACGUUCUGCAUUAGGAGGGCUUUUGGGUUUUUCAUGGAUAUUAUGUCGACGAUGUUUUCCACCAUAGUCGUUGCAAAGUUGCUGUUCUUCAGUACCGGUGAAGCAUCAGGAGAUGUAGGCUUGGCAAUAACAAAAGCAGCCGCGCUAGCCGGCUUGGUGCAGUGGGCUUUGAUGCAGUGGUCUGACCUGGAAAACGAUAUGACGUCGGUCGAGAGAGUUCUGGAAUAUACGGAAGUGCCGCAGGAUCAUUACGGCGGCGAAAAGCUGAACAAUUGGCCCAACAACGGGACUGUGACAUACAAGAAUGUUUCGCUGGCGUACAAAGACGAGAAAGUAUUGAAGAAUAUCAAUUUUGAAGUACAGCCCAAACAGAAAAUUGGUAUCGUGGGUAGGACGGGAGCCGGAAAAUCGUCAAUCAUUUCUACGUUGUUCCGGUUAUACACCUACGAAGGGGACAUUUUGGUCGACGGAAUUAACAUCAAAUCGAUGGCUUUGGACUAUUACAGAGACAGGAUUUCUAUCAUCCCGCAAGAUCCCUUACUUUUCCAAGGUACCAUUAGAAAUAAUAUCGACCCGUUCCAUCGGUACUCAGACGAAGAAGUGUGGCAGGCGUUGGAUAAAGUUCAUAUGAAAGAUCACGUCGCUUUAGAACUGACGAUCACGGAUCACGGUUCCAACUUCUCGACCGGGCAGAGGCAGCUCAUCUGUUUGGCCCGAGCGAUUAUAAAGAAGAACAAAAUCGUAGUUUUAGACGAAGCAACUUCGAACAUGGACCCGGACACCGAAUUUUUGGUCCAGAAAGUUAUCGCCGACCAGUUCGUCGAUUGUACGGUGUUUAUAAUCGCCCAUAGAUUACAAUCCGUGCUGGAUUGUAAUUUUAUUAUCGUUAUGGAGAAGGGCGAGAUUGUGGAGUUUGACGAACCUCUACAUUUGAUCGAGAAUAAAAACAGUUAUUUCGCCAGCAUGCUCCAGGCGGAUAACACUCAUCUGUACGACAAGUGAUCGGAAAGAAAUUAUGUAUUAUAGUGUUAUUUUUCUGUAGUACACUGUUGUGCGAUUUUUUGAAUACAGAUUUUGCGAAUAUCACGAGUGAGAGGUGUUUUUUAGGAGUCUAAAA